AUUUUCCUUAUAGUAAUUUUCUUCCCUUUAGAACUUAAAAACCCGGCUAGGCGGCCAACCAAAAGAGCCCAGACGGAUAGUUCAUAAGUGUUUUAGAUUAAAGGAAAAAGAGGCUGAAAAAAAUCCGAUGUAAAAUCCGAGAUCUUAACAAAGAAAGAGAGAUCGAAAAUCUAAUAAAAGGAUGAAAGAUUUGAAUUUGGUCCCUACGUUUCUAUGGUUUCUUUUGUUGUUUCCUUUACACAAAGCAGUCGCAAAUGGCGUCACUCCCGAGGAAACCAAGCAGCUAAGAGAUGAGGUACGUGAAAUGUUCUAUCAUGCUUUUGAUGGAUAUAUGGAGCAUGCAUUUCCACUUGACGAGUUGAGACCGCUAUCGUGUGAAGGAGAAGAUACACUUGGUGGUUAUGCCUUGACACUGAUUGAUUCUUUAGACACAUUGGCUUUACUUGGAGACCGAGAACGCUUUACAGCCUCUGUUGAAUGGAUUGGUAAAAAUCUUCAGUUUGAUAUAAAUAAAACAGUUUCUAUUUUUGAGACCACCAUCAGGGUCCUUGGAGGUUUACUUUCCGCUCAUCUUAUUGCAAGUGACUAUGCUACGGGCAUGAGAAUUCCUUCAUAUGACAAUGAAUUACUUGACUUAGCUGAAGAUCUGGCUAGGAGGUUAUUACCUGCAUUUGACACUCCUACAGGAAUCCCAUUUGGUUCUGUUAAUCUAAAGUAUGGAGUUGAUGAACAUGAAAGCAAGAUAACAUCUACAGCUGGUGGUGGGACUUUGACCCUUGAAUUUGGAGUGCUAAGCCGUUUGACAAAUGAUCCUAUUUUUGAGCAAGUUACCAAAAAUGCUGUUCGGGGCCUAUGGGCUCGCCGUUCAAAGCUUCAUUUAGUUGGUGCUCACAUCAAUGUGUUUACUGGUGAAUGGACACAGAAGGAUGCUGGAAUAGGGACAAGCAUCGACUCCUUCUACGAGUAUCUUCUGAAGGCAUAUUUAUUGUUUGGGGAUGAAGAAUAUUUGUUCAUAUUCCAAGAAGCAUACAGUGCUGCUAUGCACUAUCUUUACAAUGAUCCCUGGUAUGUAGAGGUCAAUAUGGAUUCUGCUGCUAUUGUCUGGCCACUAUUUAACAGUUUACAGGCAUUUUGGCCCGGGCUUCAGGUUUUAGCAGGAGAUAUUGAUCCUGCUAUUCGAACUCAUACUGCCUUCUUCAGUGUCUGGAAACGGUAUGGUUUCACUCCGGAGGGUUUUAAUCUUGCUACACUUAGUGUUCAGCAUGGGCAAAAGAGUUACCCUUUGCGUCCAGAGUUAAUAGAAAGUACGUAUUGGCUCUACAAAGCUACCAGAAAUCCCAGAUAUCUGGAUGCCGGACGAGACAUAGUUGCUAGCUUGCAAUAUGGGGCAAGGUGUCCAUGUGGUUAUUGUCAUAUAUCAGAUGUUGAGUUUCACAAGAGGGAGGAUCACAUGGAAAGCUUUUUCCUGGCGGAAACAGUGAAAUAUUUGUGGCUCCUUUUCGAUUUGGCUGUGGGUCCGGACAACCUUGUUGAAAAUGGACCAUACAAGUACAUAUUUAGCACUGAGGGCCAUUUAUUGCCGGCAACUCCUCAAAUAUCUCUAUUACAAGAGCAUUGUUCAUAUUUUGGGGCUUAUUGUAACCGUGACAGCUUAAAAGAAGAGCCUAAUGCAUCAGACAAGUCUGCUGAUUCUCAAGAAACCAAUGGUAGUAGAGUUUCCGAGGGUUGGGUUCGCACGAGAUUUCCCUUGGAUUCUUCUUCUUUCAAGGCAUCUCCUGUAUCAGGGCUGAUUAAGGGCCUUUGUCCAGGACUAACUCAUGAGCAGAAGUAUGGCAUUUCAUAUCUUGCUUCGGUUGAUACACCUCAUGAAGAUAAUUCUGCUAAACAAAAAGAUACCGUGGUUCAGAGCCAAGCUAUAGUUGUCGUUUCUGACCAAAUCUCUAAUCAAUCACUAUCUGGUGACGGCAACGAUAACAAUGUUAAAGAAUCAACUGAGAGGGAACCAGAGAGUGAUCCAUCUCAAUCGUGAAAAAGCUUCUCGGGCGUGUAUAACUAACCAGAGGUAGUUUGAACAAUCCGGCAACAACUGUUGAUACAAUGAGUAUAUAUUUGAGGCUAGACGUGUGAACUGCAAGAUGAAGCGGGUCGUAAGAUGUCUGUGCUGUUAUGCUGAUCAUGGACGUAACGUCAGAAGUUGUCACUUGUAUACUUACAGGGGCAAGCAUUUGUAAACUUCCCAAAAUUUAACAGGACUUUUGUACAUUUUAUUUAAGACUAAGGUUGAUUACAGUGGGUGAGGCCAUUAUCAUCUCGGAUUGCCGGAAGACAAUAGUUUGGAAGUUGCCUGCUGGAGGGGGAAGAUCGAUUUUAGUUGAGGUUCCAUUGAUUUGGGGACUGUCAUAAGGGUCUCGGAAACCAUCGCCUUUCACCCCAUUUGAUUUGAGUUGUGAAAAACAAUAAGUUUGAUUGAUGGAUUUUGAUAUUCAAUUUCCCUUUUAUGUUUGGUUCUUUUUGUUCGAAUUUGAUUGGUAUUUCAGAGUUCCUUUAGGCUGUGAUUUCUUUUCGAUUGUGAAAAAUAUGUGAAGCUUUAAAUCAGUUUCAAGUUCUUCCACUGCAAAUAA